ACGGGGCACCAGCUGAGGACUGACAGGAACAACAGCAGGAGAAGGAAAGCACCAUUACCAACAUCAUGGGGAGCUGUUGCGAGAGAAUGGGUCCGCAGAAGAACACCUAUGUGCGUGUCAGUCUGCCAGCAGUCUGCUUUGUGUGGCAGAUUGCUAUGAUCAUUCUGUUUGGGGUUUUCAUCCGGUACGACGAGGAAUCAAGUGCAACCUGGCCAGAAUACAGAGACAAAAAGAAUCUCACUGACAUUGAAAAUGACUUCUACUUCAGAUAUCCCAGCUUCCAGGACGUCCAUGUCAUGAUCUUUGUUGGUUUUGGUUUCCUCAUGACCUUUCUGAAACGUUACUGCUACGGUGGCGCAGGCUUCACUUUCCUGAUCGCCUCGUUUGGCCUGCAGUGGGCUCUUCUCAUGCAGGGCUGGUUUCACUCCCUCGAUCUUACCACUGGGAAAAUCUCCAUAGGAGUUGAGAGCCUCAUCAAUGCAGACUUUUGCUGCGCUGGCUCUCUAAUCGCCUUUGGUGCCCUGCUGGGUAAAGUGAGCCCUGUCCAGCUCAUGGUGGUCACCUUAUUCGGCGUCACCCUGUUUGCUGUGGAGGAAUACAUCAUCCUUGACCUCCUUCAUUGCAGAGAUGCUGGUGGAUCCAUGGUCAUUCAUUGCUUCGGAGGGUAUUAUGGACUGGCAAUCUCUUGGGUGCUCUACCGACCAAACUUACACCAAAGUAAACGCCUCCAUGGGUCCAGCUACCACUCAGAUCUGUUUGCAAUGAUUGGUACACUCUUCCUGUGGAUGUUCUGGCCCAGUUUCAACUCGGCUAUCACAGACCAUGGUGACGGCCAGCACAGAGCAGCCAUAAACACCUACAUCGCUCUCGCCUCCUCCGUUCUCACUUCUUUUGCCAUCUCCAGCAUGGCUCAGAAAAAAGGAAAACUGGACAUGGUGCAUGUCCAGAAUGCCACUCUGGCUGGUGCUGUAGCCAUGGGAACGGCAGCAGAGUUCAUGAUCACCCCUUACGGCUCGCUCAUUGUGGGCUUCUGCAUGGGUAUCAUCUCCGUAUUUGGCUACCUGUUUAUCACACCGUUUUUUGAGAAGUAUCUCAAACUCCAAGACACAUGCGGAAUUCACAAUCUGCACGCUCUCCCAGGGAUGCUUGGUGGUUUCAUAGGCGCUGUUGUUGCUGCAGCAGCUACUGAGGAAGUCUACAGUGAACAAGGGCUGAUAAAUGUAUUUGAUAAGACUGGCGUGUAUGCAGACAGAGACCAGGGAACCCAGGGAGGCUUCCAAGCUGCAGGAACAUGUGUGUCAAUUGCCUUUGGACUUGUUGGAGGAGCCCUUGUUGGGUUAAUCCUGAAGUUCCCUAUCUGGGGUGAUCCUGCUGAUGACAACUGCUUCGAUGAUGAGGCCUACUGGGAGCUUCCUGAAGAAGAUGAGGAGACCAUUCCUCCUGUUUUGGAGUACAACAACCACAUGAUUCAAAAAGGCCAGGACAUAACCGAGUCCAGCUUCUCUGUGGAGCAGAGUUAGAGACAAUCAUUCAGCCACCAGAGCCCAUAUUUAGUUUUGAAUGUAAUGCAGCUGUUCAGCAACAACAAUUAAUGAAGGUUUUUCUCUUUGUUAUCCCUUCUUAUUUUGACACCUUCCAGACUUGAUAAUGAGCAUGAAGACCAGAAACAAUCGAAACAAAAACAUGAAAUAACCCUUUUUGGACCUAAAAUUAUUUUGAUCACAUUUAAUUACCUUUAAUAAAAUAAAAAAAAGCAACCAAUUUGUGUUGUGACCACAGCUCUUAAUUCAGCCUGUAUUAUGUGAAGUAGGAUGUAUAUUUUGUUCUAUAAGCUGAUUUUUGUCAAUAAUUUUUUUAUGUAUUUCCUGUCGAGUGUAAUUGCUGCUCUGUAUCCUCUAAUGGCGAAUUGACUUGUUGAUUUAAUUUAAUGAAAACUUAUUUUAGCUGAAAAAAACCUAUAGAGACAUGUUAUUCUAUGUAAUGCAGCUAAACAGAAGCUGAUCAUGCAAUAUCAUAUGUCAAGUUGAAUAAUUUAUCCAUGUGCAAGGUUGUCCACAUUUACCUCUCACUAUUUGUGUGCAACAUAACUGAUAAAAACCUCCUGCAGUUUGAAUGCUGAACGGUUGAACUUCAGUAGCCACUGAAAGUGUAUCACCAGAAAAACUCACAUUUCCUAACAUCUGUAACUAAGGUGUUCUGCUUUAAAAGUUGGCUCUCAAGAACAAAAUUGUCCCAAGAUGAUAUUUAUUAAAGAAAACAUCACAAUAUUGUGCUUCUGUUUAACUAUCAAAAUAUCAGAAGUUUAACCUGGUUUGUUAAAGUUAAUGAUACUGCAGUGGUGGAAGUCUUAUUUAUCUAAAAUGUAAAAUAAAACGUUUACUUGAUUGUGUCCUAAAGGAAUGAAACCUCAUAACUAAUACACCUCCAUGGCAUGUUAAAUAAUACAAACAUAUUUUCAUGCCCUUCACAGAUACAUUCUCAGAUGUGUUUUCUGCUCUUGACAAAUUGUUGUUCAAGAUUUAAAAAAAAAAUGUAUUUACCAAAAAUAAAAAAUUGAUAUAAA